CCGGGCAGCGGGGAACGCGGGAGGAUGAGGAACCCGGGGCGGGGGGAGCCGGAGGGGAGGGCGGAGGAGGUGUCGAAGCCCUGAGCUCCCGGGGAGUUUUUACUGGAGGCAAAAGUCCACAGCGGGCGGGCUGAGGGAGGGGCGGAGGAAGGGGACCGCUUGGGGGCACUGGGAAGCCAGGGAUCCUCCGCCGACAAGGCAGGGACUCUCCCAGGCACGGGCGAGGAGGCUGGGGGAGGGGGCGCGGUGGGAGGAGGAGUAGCAGAAGACAAAAGCCGAAAGCGAAGAGGGCCUGGGCUGCACACAGCGGCCGGGAGACAGCUGUCUGUGCUGCGAGCAGCCGGCGCGGGGCGUCACGAUCCUCAGGCAGCAUGGGGAAGGGGGGGAACCAGGGCGAGGGGGUCGCCGAGCGCGAGGCGACGAUGCCCACCUUCAGCUGGGAGGAGAUUCAGAAGCAUAACCUGCGCACCGACAAGUGGCUGGUCAUUGACCGCAAGGUUUACAACAUCACCGAAUGGUCCCACCGGCACCCGGGGGGCCAAAGGGUCAUCGGGCACUACGCUGGAGAAGAUGCAACGGAUGUCUUCCAUGCCUUCCACCCUAACCUGAAAUUCGUGCGCAAGUUCUUGAAACCCCUGCUUAUUGGCGAGCUGGCCCCGGAGGAGCCCAGCCAGGACCGUGGCAAGAACUCUCAGAUCACUGAGGACUUCCGGGUCCUGAGGAAGACGGCUGAGGAGAUGAACCUGUUCAAGACCAACCACAUGUUCUUCUUCCUCCACCUGGCCCACAUCGUUGCCUUGGAGAGCAUUGGGUGGUUCACCAUCUUUUACUUUGGCAAUGGCUGGAUUCCUACCCUCAUCACAGCCUUUGUCCUUGCUACCUCUCAGGCCCAAGCUGGAUGGCUGCAACAUGAUUAUGGCCACCUGUCUGUCUACAGGAAACCCAUGUGGAACCACAUUGCCCACAAAUUCGUCAUUGGCCACUUAAAGGGUGCCUCCGCCAACUGGUGGAAUCAUCGCCACUUCCAGCACCACGCCAAGCCUAACGUCUUCCAGAAGGAUCCCGACGUGAACAUGCUGCACACGUUCGUCCUGGGCAGAUGGCAGCCCAUCGAGUACGGCAAGAAGAAGCUGAAAUACCUGCCCUACAAUCACCAGCACGAAUACUUCUUCCUGAUUGGGCCGCCGCUGCUAAUCCCUGUGUAUUUCCAGUACCAGAUCUUCAUGACCAUGAUCUCCCGCAAGGACUGGGUGGACCUGGUCUGGGCCAUCAGCUACUACACCCGGUUCUUCGUCACCUACAUCCCUUUCUACGGCAUCCUGGGAGCUCUCCUUUUCCUCAACUUCGUCAGGUUCCUGGAGAGCCACUGGUUUGUGUGGGUCACACAGAUGAACCACAUCGUCAUGGAGAUUGACCAAGAGCCCUACCGUGACUGGUUCAGUAGCCAGCUGUCAGCCACCUGCAAUGUGGAGCAGUCCUUCUUCAACGACUGGUUCAGCGGACACCUUAACUUCCAGAUUGAGCACCACCUCUUCCCCACCAUGCCCCGGCACAAUCUCCACAAGGUCGCCCCACUGGUGAAGUCUCUGUGUGCCAAGCAUGGCAUCGACUACCAGGAGAAGCCGCUGCUGAGGGCCCUGCUGGACAUCAUCAGGUCCCUAAAGAAGUCCGGGGAGCUGUGGCUGGACGCCUACCUCCACAAAUGAAGCCACAGCCCUCAGGACACCACAGGGAAGGGCGCAGGUGGAGUGAUGGCCAAAGGAAGGGUGGGCUUUUGUUCUGAGGGGGGUCCAAGAGGCUGACUACAUGCCGCUCACAGACCCCAAUUGGGUCUUUCUCCCUUUCUCCUCACCUUUUUCCCUUCAAGUCUCCCCACAGCAUCCCACACCCCUGGGGCCUGCCAACCAUCAGCCGGGGUCCUCCCAGUGCCUCCCGGUCCCUUCCUCCAAGGAGCAGAGAGAGAGGCGGCCACAGCGGGUGGCUCUGUCCCACCUCCACUCUGCUCCUGAAGGUGGGAGGAGACCAGCGGCCCAUGAGUCUGGUCUGUGAGCCCCCCUGCAGCCUGGUCACUAGGCUGCACCCUCCCCACUUUGGUUCUUCAGACGCUCUUGGGGCUCGUGGGGGCAGGUCCUAGUCGGCCAGGGCCCCUGACCCUCCGGGCACCACUUCCCUCUCCCUGAUGG